AACAAACUUUAGCAGCGGGAAAAAGAGCCGCCCCAAAGCUGUCGGCAUGUUUUUGCUGUCUUUUUGCCAUCAUCCGUCCAUGUGAUUGUGGGUGACAAUUAAGCGACGCUCUUCUCACUUCCUUUUCGAAGGUCUUAUAUUAACGAGAAAUAAUCAGCGCUAAAGAUGUAUCCGGACAGGAGAAAAAUGAGCGAAGCUCAUUUUUCGGGGCUGCCUUCGCAGAGUAACAUUUACGGCAUGACGACUCUGAACAUCGGCGACGCUAACAAGGUCCUGGUGUCUUGCCUUCAGAGAAAUGUGUUCUGCAUAGAGUACACCAGGAACAAGAAGAACGUGUUGACGCCCUCCUCCCGAGAAAUACAUUUCACCUAUCUGCCAGAGGGAGCUGAUGUGAUUGCAAUCGAUGCAUUCAGCAAGUCGGUGCCUGACAACUUGGACAUAAUAAUUGGAAUUGCUUUCAUCAGGCCCGGAGAAAAUCAGCUUGCAAGACAUUAUCUGAACAUCUAUUCUCAGUCGGAACCAGGGUGUGGACUGGACCUUGACAGAAUUGCACAGGGAUGUCAGAGUCUCGAGCUUAACUUCAUUCCCUACCAGCUCACUCAUGCACCGCUGUUCCCUAACCAAGCUUGCCAGAGAAGUGGAGAGUUUGUGUUCCUCCUCUGUGGGAGUGACUGCAGGAUACAUCUUUUCAGAGAGGACAUACACCAGACUUACAGCGAGAUUCCAGUGGAAGACUACUUUCCAGAAUUUGGAAACAUUCCCGACAUUGUCUUGGCAAUGGAUCUCAAGUACAAGGAUGAAGACAGCACUCGAAUUUCAGCCAUUGGAUGCGAAAAUGGAUUUGUUCAAGUUGCAGUGACCUCACAGAGAAACAGCGGUGAAAUUGAGAUAACGUCAUCGUGGCAGGUUGACCUGGACUCACCCAUCUCUGCCUUGCAUCUUUUUGAAGACAGCGCUCACUGGACGUUGCCUGAUUACAUAAAGCACACCGAACUCGCCAACAACUGCAGCUCGGGUUCAACUCUGAAAACGCACCUUCUCGUUUGCCGUGCACUGAUUUCAUCAUUUGUUUACAGGGACGUGCUUGACCGAGGCUUAGAGAUGCAUGCCAUGCUGCCUUGCAGCGAUGACUUUGACUCUGUUGUCUGUGGGUGUGUUGCCGAUAUCGACAUGGAUGGCGUGAAUGAAGUCAUACUGGGGACUUACGGCCAGGAGGUGCUUGUGUACAAGCUGACGUGCCAGCGUUCAGGAAAAGAGGCCUAUGGGCUGCUCUGGCAUCAGACGGUCUCCCAUCCCAUCCUCUCGAUAAAGUACAUGGACUUGACGGGAGAUGGAAUUUGUGAACUGCUUGUGCUGUCCACCAAGGGGCUCCACAUCCUACAGCAUGACCUUCGAGAGGCAACCAGCAUAUGCAUGGAAAGGAUGGAGAAGAUUGCAGAAUUUUUGAAGUCACCUAGCACACCAGAUUAAAGAGUCGGAGAAGGCAUCUGGCAGGUUUGAGAAACUGUGUGCAGUUUAUUCGUUGUAUAUAAUACAUAUAGGAGAAUUAAAAAAGUGUAUUUACAAUAUAUAA